CAUUGUGAGACAUGAAUAUGCAUGCAGGUGCUACGGGAACUCUUCAAGCGGAUAUGGCGACCUCCUAGCACCUGAAAACAAUUUACAAGGCAGGAAAAGCUAUUAGUGUUAAAAGCGUGCCUUUCAUGAAAAAAAGCAUGACAGAGAUUACAUUUGUUAUUAAAAAAUGUUAGAGGUUGAAAAAGACUUGGAAAGUGGUGAAAAAGAUCAGAAAAUGCCGCCUAGAAGAAAUUUCGUUGGGAAAGGGUUUGCGACUAUAGAACUUGUCAGCCGAAUCGUUCUGAAAGUUGUGGUGCGAUUUUGGAGAUUGUGUACGACGGGUCUUUUAGUUAUUGUCUUGGUAUUUUGCGUCCACGGAGGAAUUCUGGCUUUCCUACUACUUGUUCUUGGAGUCCUCGGUCUGAUGUACAAUGCACAAGAUAUGCUACUGUAUCACCCUGAUGUGCCUCCAGAGUCACGCAUGUAUGUCAUUCUCCCAAGUGCCUUUCAUCUCCCUUUUGAAAAUCAUUCAAUCUUAACAAAAGACAGGGUGAAGAUCAACAUCAUUUUAGUAAAACAGCCUCAGCCUGGACGGCCUACUUUGCUCUACUUUCAUGGAAAUGCUGGCAAUGUAGGACAUAGACUGCAUAACGUGUUAGGAUUGUAUACAGCUUGUGGGUUCAAUGUGUUGUUGGUGGAGUAUAGAGGUUAUGGCCGAAGUGAAGGCAGCCCUUCAGAACAGGGCCUUUACUUAGAUGCAGAGGCUAGCAUGGACUUCCUUUUACAGAGAAGCGACCUUAACAAGCAGCAGAUUUUUGUCUUCGGACGAUCGCUUGGUGGAGCUGUGGCUGUGUACCUGGCAACGUGUCCAUUCUAUGCUCAGCAUGUGAAGGCUGUGAUACUUGAGAAUACUUUUAUCUCCAUUCCUAGCAUGGGAGAGCAGAUUUUCCGUUUUGGCUUCUUUGCCUAUAUACCUUGGUGGUGCUACAAAAAUUUGUUUCCAACACAAAAGAGAAUACCUAAAAUGCACCAGGCCACACUCUUUAUAUGUGGUCUGAAAGAUGAACUUGUGCCUCCAAAGAUGAUGCAGACUCUUUAUUCUAGCUCAGGAAGCGAAAAAAAGAGAAUAGAAACCUUUCCUGAUGGUACACACAAUGAAACUUGGAUGUGUCCAGGAUACUAUGAAGCUAUUUACAGCUUUAUGGAUCAGGUUCUAAAUCAAGAAGACUUCAGAUCUCCCCUUGCCAGCGUAGCCGUACGCUCGCAUGCUGUGCAAACCUCGGUUAAUUUGGAUACCCUCAUGGCUGUCUGAACCUACACCUCUUUCUCCCAUGCCCACUGAGAGGAUAUCUCUUUUAAAUCAGAGGACACUGAGGUCGUUUUAGGCAUGCAAAGAGUUUUUGUACAGUGUUCAUGAAAGUGUCACUACAAACUGUUAAGAUUCUAAGAUAAAAAAACAAAUGCAGGCACCAACAGUCACGCAUACACACACACAAACUGACUUUGAGACAACCAUGCAUAUAGGCAUUGAGGCAAAUAUGCAUGAAAUCAGUCAUGAACACAGAUCUAAUAAAAAUGUACAUAACUCUUCAUGUUAAUGUAACAUUUACAGUUGUUUGAAAAUUCUGAAUUGACAUGAUCAGUUUACCAGUAUCGUUUUGACUGAUGCCAUAGGUGAUACACAUUUUUGCUUUUGAAAAAGCAGAAAUAUUGGAACUGUACAGUCUGUCUCAUACUAUGUGUGUGGUAAUUCCUUCAUAUUUUCAAAUCUGCUGUUGCAGUAUUACAAAUUUCUGGGCUAUUCAUAAUUUCCGGUGUGUAUAUCACAUUGCCAUCUUUUAUGCAGCAGUAUGGUAUAAAGUGUCUGGUUUAUAGAUGAUUAAACAAGAGGUGCAUAUGUUAAUUUUACUCAAUCCUGCAAUUUGCAAUCAAGGCAUUCCAUAUAACAAGGGCAAAACCAUGAUUUAUUCUUUUUAAAUGAAAGAUCCUUUAAUUUGAAACAAGGCAACAACCUUAAUGCUGAGCGUGCUAUAAAGAUACAUUGAUAAACUGCCCAAGCUGAAGAUUUAUAACUCAGAGCAUUAAUCUUCCUCUCAGGCAAAAUGUCUUCUACAGGCUGCCAAAUUUUUGGUUAAUUUACAAUAUAAAAUUAUGCCACAAACUAAUAAAAUAGAAAUUAAUCUAGGAGGAAAAUUCUGCCUCUAGAAAAUAGCACUUUUUUUAUAGAUCACAUAAUCUGAAACAGUUUUGAAGUAGGGUCACAGUAAAAACUUGGUAUGUAGUAAAAAAAUAAAUCUACUGAUCUGAAGGUGAUUUAAGAAGAUCAGUAAUGAAGAAAUCUCAAGAUAUGUAGUUAUUUUCCACUUUAAGGAAACAAAUUUAAUAGCACUCUGCACGAAUAUGUUUUGCUCAUUUCACCACAGAAAGUACAAUUGAAGUUGGAAAUCCAGUCAGUAAAUUUAAACUAAGGGAAGUAACUUGAAAUGAGCUUUAUAUUUGCAGCAGCUACUUACCCUGUACUUCUGGUUAGGGGAUGAAAAAAUUUCCAAAAACUCUUGACAAAUUUGCCUAGUUUGUCAACUGUAGUAUGAUAGCAAGCCAGUCCACUGCCAUUGAGUUAAAAGAAAAGUUGAAAAUUUAGACCUGUGGUUGAGCCUGCUCACAAUAUGAUAAAACAGAAAUUAUGUAUUUAAAAAAUUCACUCAUAUCACCCUUGCUCUUGUUAUGUGCAAUGCCUCAAGUGUGCUUCUUGUGAUGAGUGGAAUGCAAGGAAAGGGGAGAGUAUUUGUGGGCAGAGCUCUCACUUGAGGGCUGGGGUUAAAAGUUUCUAGAUUCAGGAGUUCUGGAAUUGCAUGAUGCUACUGAAUGUUUCAAACCUCACCAUACUGGAUCAUAAUGACCUACAAAGGGAUGAUGCUCUUGGGAUUCCUAGUCAACUGUAUGUUGCUAUCUGGGGGAAAAAAGACUGAUCAAACAAUUCUUUAAGAGUACUUGUGGCUUGUGAGAAUGAAUUAUAGAACAGUUGCAGUGUCACGAUGUGCCUUACUUCACAGCUGCGCCAUAAACCGAGUGCUUUUUCCCCCCAAAAAAAUGGAUUGUAAACAUGAUACUAAUUCCCAAUUCUGAGAUUAUAACACCAUCACUUUAGGAUUCUUUUUACCAUAUAUGAGCUUAAUUUGUUUUGAUGCUUGUGCUCCUUGUUGCUUAUAAACUGGGUGUUUCAUCAUCUUCUUGCCCAUUAGUCUGGUAUAUUCACUGACAAUUUUGAUUGCACAUUGCCUUUUAAAACAGGUUAUGAUGCUUUAUGUGAAUUGUAAAGCAUAUUUCAGAGCUGUUUCUAUUUUUAAGAUAUUUAAUUUUGUUGAGGGUCUUUAUAAUACAAGGGCACAUGGACCAUGAUAUUUAUUCAAUAAGCUCAUAAAUAUAUGAUGACAAAUUGUAAAAAAGGUAUAUUUAUUGCUUUUCUGCACCAGUGUAUCUUUAACAUGUUUAAAUGGAUGGAUGCUGUGGAGAAGGUAUGAGUUCGGAUGUCAACUUUUAUUGAUAUUUCUUUGCACUGUUUGCUGUACCUAGAAAGAAAGAAGCUAUGUAUGAGGUGUGCCCAACACAUAACCUAAUUUAAAAUUUUGUAUCUUUUGUUGUAAGUAUCCUGAUUAUUAUUUUUUUGGUUGGCACUCACUUCAGCUUUGUUUUUUUGGUCAUGAUUUCAGAUACAAGUUUUCAUAUCCUUACAUCUUUAUCUUAUUGCAUAACAGGUUAAUGAAUAUAUGAUCUCUUGACGCCAAAAUGAUUAUAAAACCAUUUUAUAGAACAAUCAGAAUGAUGAAAAAUAACAUCUAUGCAAGUGUACUGCACAUUCCUGUGACCUUUGUUAUGCAAUAUGCUGCUUUGAUCUGGCACUUUGAAGCCUUUGUUGUAUUAUAUUUUGCUCUUCAAACCAUGAUUUUCAAAGCGAUGCACUGAGUAUAUUACAUUUUCAUUUCUUGUCACAGUUUUGCUUUAGACAGUAUGUUAUUAAUAGUCAGAAAGUCACUGUAGUUCCUGGGUCAGCAGUUUUCUCACAUGGUUUCUGAAAAGCAUACCUCUUUGGUGAUUGGUGUCUGUAACUACAUGCAUAAACAUUGGUAGUUAUAUUUUCAGGUGUGUGAGAGAGUGCAAGAGAGACAGAGAGAUUGGCAAAGAAGAUGGAGAAUACAGGUGUAAGGUUGCUGAAGCAAAUUUCACUAUCAUGACUUAUGUGGGAGACAAGAAAAUUUUGUUUUAUGUAGUUUCAAGUAGCUUUAGCCUGUACACAAGUGCACAUACCUUCAAACAUCAGGCAGGGUUGUGGACUUGUAAUAAACCAAAUGGUAUUGUGGUAAUAGUAUGGUGUUUGGUGCCUCCUCGUAUUAUAGAAAGGUAUUUAUGAGUGGCUGUGAAUGGUUCAUAAAGUUGUGAACCAUGCUGUUUUUGAGAUUUACAACUGGGGCUGGGCUAGGACAGAAAACUGAGAAGGAUAUAGAAUGGCCUUUCUCAUUUUUAACAUUUAGAAUGGAGAUGUACAAAGUCAGGGGUCAAUGUAAAUUGUAUUCAAAAGUGUAACAUCUGUCCAAACAUUCAACUGAUGAAACACUGGUAGCAGUAAUCAAGGUUUCUUUACAAUUUGUUAUUUAAGAAUUGCUUAGACUUAUUAUUAAGUUUGUUUAGACCAAUGUACUUUCUUAGUAAAUUAUGGACUUUUAAUGCCA